GCUCUUAAUUCAAUUUGAUUACAGAUCAUCAUGAUUGGUAUUCUCUUGCUGCUGUCGGCAAUUUUGUUGAUUGUGUAUGCCUUUUACAAAUGGGCAACACUCAACAAUGACUACUUCGAACGACAAAAUUUAAAGUAUAUGAAGCCAACAUUUUUGGUUGGUAAUACGGGUGGUGCUUUUGCCAACAAAUAUACGCCCGCUGAAUUUUUGGACAUGAUCUUUCAAGCAUUUCCAGAUGAGCGAAUUUUUGGAUUUUUCGACUUUCGGGCGCCAAAGUUCGCAAUCCGUGACCCAGAGCUUGUUAAGGAGAUUGCUAUUACCAGUUUUGACAAUUUUCAAGAUCACGAGGGAGUUGUUGACGAACAUAUCGAUAAGUUGUGGGGAAAUAGUUUGCUACUUAUGAGAGGUGAAAAGUGGCGAAAUAUGCGAGCCACAUUAAGUCCGGUAUUCACCGGGAGCAAAAUGAGGCAAAUGUUUGACCUAAAUUCUGAAUGUAUCGACAAUGUGGUGAGACACCUCUUGCAAAAAGCUGAAAAGGGGGAGAAAAUCGAUAUCGAAAUGAAGGAUUUCUUCACACGGUACACAAACGAUGUAAUCGCCUCGUGUGCAUAUGGGAUCAAAGUGAAUUCAUUUGAAGAGCCAAAUAAUGAAUUUUACAAAAACGGUUUAGAGAUGUUCGACUUCACAUCAAUCAGGAAAAUCAUCAAAAUUUUGAUUAUAAUGCAAUUACCGGCUGUCGCAAGGGCCUUAAAAAUCCCUGUUGUGGAUGCAAAUGUUGCAAAAAUAUUCAGAGAUAUUAUUUCGGAUACGAUGGAAGUGCGCAAGAAAAAUAACAUUUAUCGGCCAUACAUGAUUAAUAUGCUGAUGCAGAUUCGCGAAGGGACGUUAACGCAUCAAACGGGAAAGGGAAAGGAAAAGGACAAAGGCAAAGAAGGUUUUGCCACUGUUGAAGAAUCGGAUAUCGGCAAAUUAAGUGUGAAUCGGUCAUUGAACGACGACGAGAUUGUCGCCCAGUGUUUCAUUUUCUUUUUGGCAGGAUUUGAUACGACAUCCACAACUUUAACCUUUGCAUCGUACGAACUAUCCGUCAAUCCUGAUGUACAGAGCAAACUUUACAAAGAAAUUGCGGAGACAAAUGAAAAACUUGCCGGAAAACGUGUCACCUACGAUAUUCUACAAAAGAUGCCGUAUAUGGAUCAGGUAAUUAGUGAGACACUUCGAAAAUGGCCACCACUUCCGGUUAUGGACAGAUUAUGCGUGAAAGAUUAUGAUUAUAACGACGGAAAUGGUUUGAAAUUCAAAAUUGAAAAGGGCACCGCUGUUUUAAUUGCAAUCUACGGUUUUCAUCAUGAUCCAAAGUAUUUCUUUGACCCAGAAAAGUUUGAUCCCGAACGCUUUUCCGAAGAGAACAAACAUAACAUUCAACCGGGCACAUAUCUAGCCUUUGGGAUCGAGCCGCGUAACUGCAUCGGCUCUAGAUUUGCUCUUAUGGAGAUCAAAGCGAUUUUGUACUAUCUUUUGUUGGAUUUCUCCUUCGAACCGAAUGAAAAAUCGCAGAUACCGUUGAAAUUGAAAAAAUCAAGUUUCAACAUGCGCGCCGAAAAGGGAGUGCAUUUAGAAUUGAAACCACGCAAAAAAUAAGGAAAAAUAUUUGUUUGAAACGACUAAUCAUGCAUCUUGUUGGAGGUUUUUUCGCAAUUAAGUGCAACUUCAAGUGUUGAUACUUGUAUAAUUUUGAUAAAUAAAACAAUAACCACCUUCAGUAUA